AGCCAGCGAGGAUGAAGAUGUAUUUUUGCCUCUAGGAAGGUUAUGGAUUGCUUAACUCCAGCUCAAGUGUAUCAAGAGACAAUUGCAGCAGCUAAUGACAGGAUAUUUUUCUGACUGCAACACGAUUCACUGAGAAUACACAAAAUAUCUACCAGCUUCAUUGAUUUAAAUCAUGGCAACAACAACCCUGACUGGUUUCUCAGUGAUGAGCCUGCUCAGCCUCGGCUACCUGAGCUGGGAUCUGAUGAGCCCCAAUCAGGUGGAAAAUGAGCCUGACCAAACUUUUGAUGACAGGUCUCCUGUGCAGCAACCUCCUCACAUAAUCUUUAUCAUGACAGAUGACCAGGGCUUCAACGACAUCGGCUAUCACAGCUCUGACAUUAGGACACCGGUGCUGGAUAAACUGGCUGCAGAUGGUGUGAAGCUGGAGAAUUAUUAUGUGCAGCCCAUCUGCACACCAUCCCGAAGUCAGCUCAUCACCGGCAGGUACCAAAUUCACACUGGCCUCCAGCACUCCAUCAUCCGUCCCCGCCAACCCAACUGCUUGCCGUUCGACCAGGUCACUCUCCCUCAGAGGCUUCAGCAGCUUGGCUACUCCACCCACAUGGUUGGCAAGUGGCACCUGGGCUUCUACAAGAAGGAGUGUUUGCCCACUCGACGAGGCUUUGACACAUAUUUAGGCUCGCUGACGGGCAGCAUGAACUACUACACGUAUAACUCCUGCGAUGGCCCCAGGUUUUGCGGUUACGACCUCCACGAGGGGGAGUCGGUUGCUUGGAGACACAGGGGUAAAUACUCCACACAUCUGUACACACAGAGAGUUCGUAAGAUCCUGGCAGCCCAUAAUCCCCUGUCCCAGCCGCUCUUCAUCUUCCUGUCCUUUCAAGCCGUUCACACACCUCUGCAGUGUCCUCAGGAAUACAUCUACCAGUAUGAUGAGCUGGAGAAUGUCGCGCGUAGGAAGUAUGCUGCAAUGGUCUCGACUGUGGACGAAGCCGUUCGUAACGUAACAUACGCUCUGCGCAAGUAUGGAUAUUAUCAAAACAGCGUCUUAAUUUUCUCCACUGAUAACGGUGGUCAGCCUUUGUCUGGGGGCAGCAAUUGGCCACUUAGGGGACGUAAAGGCACUUACUGGGAAGGUGGUGUCCGCGGAUUAGGGUUUGUCCAUAGCCCUCUCUUGAGGAAGAAGAAGAGGGUUAGCAAAGCACUGGUACACAUUACAGAUUGGUAUCCCACGCUGGUGGGAUUAGCAGGUGGCAAUGAGUCCCUGACUGAGGGAGUUGAUGGAUACAAUGUCUGGGAGGCCAUCAGUGAAGGAAAAGAGUCACCAAGGUUUGAGAUCCUCCACAACAUCGACCCUUUGUACAACCAUGCACGCACCGGCUCCUUGCAGAAAGGAUUUGGGAUCUGGAAUACCACCAUUCAGGCCUCCAUACGAGCAGGGGACUGGAAGCUCCUGACGGGAGACCCUGGUUACGGAGAUUGGAUCCCACCUCCCAUUCUUCCAGGUUUCCCUAGGGAUUACUGGAAACUGGAGCGACACAUUAAACCCCGCAAAUCGGUGUGGCUCUUCAACGUCUCCGGAGACCCCUAUGAACGUUUUGACCUGUCCGAACAGAGACCAGAUGUUGUGAAAGAGCUCUUAGCUAGACUGGUGUAUUACAACCGGACGGCGGUGCCGGUGAGGUACCCAACAGAGGACCUGCGGGCAGACCCCCAGCUGAAUGGAGGAGCCUGGGGUCCCUGGUUGGGAGAUGAUGAGGAGGAGGAGGAGAACUGGGACACGGUUUUCCAGAAAAAUAAUAUGGAAUGGAAUAGGAAGCUCAAGAUGUUCAAAAGCAGGUCAUCUUUUAGAAGACUCAACGCAAGGAUGAUCUCUAAUCGAAUAUAGAAGCAAAACAACUGACUGAAUUGAACUCUGCUCACAGAAAGAACAUCUAAAAAUAGUGUUUACGCCAAGAACAAGGUGCCUGUGAAAUCAAGCUGGAGUGAAUUUUUCACUUGAUCAAUAACUCAUUCUCUAAGCUGAGUAAUGUAACUUUACAUUGCUGAUUUGUUUUAUUUUAUAAACGUGUCAUCCUGAAGAAAAACAUCACAAAAUGUUUAAACUAUAUUCAAAAACACCUUUUCCAAUUUUAUUUUUUAGGAAAGUGAAUUAUUGACAGAAUCUUGAUUAAGGUUUUAGAGAACUUGAAAGAUUUUUAAGUGAAGGGCGCCUGAGGAAAGGUUCAGGAAAAGUGGGGAUAUUAAAGCAGAAGCCCAAGAUGAGGAAACCUUUACAAUUUGGACAAUUAGUAAUAAUUGAUUGCUAUACUGCACCAGCUCUUAUUUCCACACUGCAGUUAAAUCUGGCUGGGUUAAAACUUUUGCUGGCCUUGUGUACUUAAUUAUAAAGGGUUUAGGUCAGUGCUUUACUGAGCCAAAAUGCAAGGAGAGAGUUAUGUGCAAUAUAAGGAUUUUUUGUGAUAAGACAGAUGUACUGCAGUUGCCACACAGCAUACGCCGGAUACCUUUUUAAAAUCAACCUGAACUCCUCUGAUGUCUACGUCGUGCCUAAACCACAACCUCAUGUUACAGAUGGAGACAGGUUCGGUACUUCCUCAGGGAAUCAUCAGAAACACCUCACAUAAUAUACAAUCUGAUUGUUUUUAUUAUUUUAGAUGUUGGUUAGAAACUUUUUUUUCAUUUAUGUGUAUUUGGGUUGAUAAUAAACCUCAUUCCAUCUAAAAGUGGUUGAUGAUUAUUUUCUUUUUUUUUUUAUUCAAAGAGGAAAUAAAGCAAAACCUUGUGGC